CUCUGCUGUCUAUCAAUGCUAGCAAGCACGGAGGCUAGAUAGAAGGAGGACGCUCGCUACUGGGUUUUCCGCAGUAGUGGGUCCAAUAAACUGAGGAUACAUCAUUUUCGUAAAUAUGCCGCUAAGGCGACGCUGCGUUCGCUAAUGUCCGGCAAAUGGCGUCUACUUGUUAUUGUUUAUUGGCAUCACAAUAAAUAAGUUUUGAAAGUUUAAUAGUUGUAAAAUAAUUAAAUGUUGUAAUUAUCAUCAAAAAAUGGUGAAUCGUUGUGUAGUGAAUGGUUGCACAAGUGGCAGUGUAAGUGAUCGUAAUAAACAUAGCAAAUUGGGUACGAAAAAUCCAUCAUUAUUUACUGUGCCACAGCACCCUGAUCUGUUGGAAUUAUGGAAGUCUGAACUGAAUCAAAAAUUGGUUCCCAAAAAAAAUUAUGUUUGUGAAUUACACUUCAAUGAAGAGGACAUUAUAAAAAGUGAUAAGAUAAAAACGGCCAAUGGUAUCAUUGAAGAGUUAGUGAGGAAAAGAUAUGCACUCAAACAAGCUGCUAUUCCAACUUUGAACCCUAAAAAAUUAAGAGUAGAAAUACUAAAGAUGUUAAUAGUCCCAAUAGUCCGAGUACUGAACCGGUUGCGAGUGAAUAAUAAUAUCGUUUAUAUAAAUGAAAAUUGUUCGCAUCAAGAUAGUGAAUUGCAAAUUGAUGAAGAUUGUAACAGUAACUAUGAUCGUCUUGAAAACUUUAAUUCAAGAAUAAGCUCUGAAGAAAUUAAUCACGAGAACGAAGAACCGGCAUAUGAAUUACCUAUUUCGGAAGUAAAUAUUGAAGAGUUUUCACUUCAAACAAUUGUAAAUGCAUUAAAGUUUAAUGCUUUACCUGAAAAUUGGAGCUGGACAACCGAUUUGCUAGACUCUAAGAAACUUGUCUUAUGUUAUAUAGACAAAGUUUCUAUGAAAUUGAAGUUUCGCGUUAAAAUUAAUCAAAACUUUAAAGUCUGGCUGACCAACAUUAAAACUGAUAAGUUGAUUGACUUGAACAAAUUUUUUUCAAAUAUAUCCGAUUUCUGGAAUUUUUUAAGAGAAUUGGAGAAAUAUACGUUAUGUGACGGAACUGGAUUUGAUACAGAAAAAUGUUCUUCGGAUUGCACUUGUGUGCCAUUGUCUCAUGAAGAGUACAAAAAGCAAAUGAAUGGUUUUCGUCGUGUAGCUUGUCGAAAAGUAAGACAUAAAUUACAGAAUCAAUCUUAUAAAACCAAGUCUGAUUACAACCCUAAUGGAUGCGUCCGACAUCGAAAUUUAAGUUCCGACUAGUCGAAAUGUGCACUAAACCGACGUCGGAAUUGUAAUUCCGACAUUCUUAACACUUACGUAGCAUAAAAAUCGUCGAAUUGUUAAAAUAUGAAUUAUUUGAUAAGAAUGUUUCCGUAUACUCAAGACAGAAUCAACUCUGCGAAAGAUUGAACCAACAGUCUCUGUUCUGAGUAUCUGAUAACUGUUUCCGAAGUGAAAAAUCUUUUUCCGACAUCAAUAUUAUUUAUGACUUGAA